AUGUGCAGCUGUGUGCGGAGCUCCAGGGCUCUGUCCCCUGCUCUGCUCCCCAGGCUGCUGAUUCCUCAGACGGGGUACAGACUGGCCGGCAGGCGACUCUGGACCUCCCCGCACUGUAUGGCUGUCAGUGGAGACUCCCAGCUGCCCCCCCUGCCCAGCCAGGCCCGCGUGGUGAUCUGUGGAGGAGGUAUUAUGGGAACAUCAGUAGCCUUCCACCUUGCCAAACUGGGCUGGACUGACAUAGUGCUGCUGGAGCAGGGCAGGCUUGGUGCAGGAACAACCAGGCUGUGUGCUGGCAUUGUCAGCGUGGCCAAGCCUAUUUCCAUAGAGUGUCAAAUGGCAAACUACUCCAACAGUCUUUAUAUGCAGCUGGAGGAAGAGACUGGGGUCAAAACAGGUUAUGUGAAGACUGGAUCUCUGUGUCUGGCCCAAAAUCAGGAUCGCUUCCUCUCUCUGAAGCGCCUGGCAUCUCGACUAAAGGUUAUGGGGAUCAGCUGUAACAUCAUUAAGCCCAAAGAGGUGGCCAAACUUCACCCUCUUGUUAACAUUCAUGACCUGGUGGGGGCGCUCCACCUGCCUGCAGACGCUGUGGUGUCUCCACCUGAUGUUAACCACGCCCUGGCUGUGGCUGCGGCUGGAAGAGGGGUUCAGAUCCUGGAGCGAACCACUGUUCAGCAGGUUCUGGUGGAGAAGGGUCAAGUGACGGCGGUGCAGACUGAUCGUGGCUCCAUUGAGUGUGAAUAUUUUGUCAACUGUGCUGGACAGUGGGCUUACGAGCUGGGCCAGGCUAGUGAGACGAAGGUGUCGGUUCCUCUUCAUGGCUGUGAACACUUCUACCUCCUCACCAAACCUCUCCAGGAACCACUUCCACCCAGCACGCCAGUGGUGAUGGAUAUGGACGGCAGGUUAUAUGCACGGCCAUGGCAGGGAGGCCUUCUAUCAGGGGGCUUUGAAAAGAACCCCAAACCCAUCUUUACUGAGGGCCGCAACCAGCUGGAGAUCCAGAACAUGCAGGAGGACUGGGACCACUUUGAGCCAAUGCUCAGUGCUUUGCUGAGGAGAAUGCCGAGUCUUGAAUCAGCUGAGAUCCAUCAGCUGGUCAACUGUCCGGAGUCCUUCACCCCUGAUAUGCGCUGCCUUAUGGGGGAGACACCGGGUGUCUCUGGCUACUACGUGCUGGCAGGGAUGAACUCCUCCGGCCUGUCCUUUGCUGGAGGAGCUGGCAAGUACUUGGCAGAGUGGAUGACCUAUGGUUACCCCACUGCCAACGUGUGGUCACUGGACAUCAAGCGCUUUGGGAACCUGCAGAGCAGCCGAACCUUCCUGCGACACAGAGUAAUGGAGGUCAUGCCCCUGCUGUACGAACUAAAGGUUCCUCGCUGGGACUUUCAGACUGGGCGUCAGCUGCGCACCAGCCCUCUGUAUGACCGCCUGGACACCCAGGGAGCUCGCUGGAUGGAGAAACAUGGUUUUGAAAGGCCCAAAUACUUUGUUCCUCCAGGAAAAGAUUUGCUGUCUCUGGACCAGAGUAAGACCUUCUACAAGCCAGACUGGUUUGACAUCGUUGGAGAAGAAGUGAAAUGCUGCAAAGAAGCCGUCUGUGUCAUCGACAUGUCCUCCUUCACCAAGUUUGAACUGACUUCAACGAAGGACCAGGCCCUGGAUCUGCUGCAACAUCUGUGUGCCAACGACCUGGAUGUUCCUGUUGGACAUAUCGUCCACACCGGCAUGCUGAAUGAGAGGGGAGGCUAUGAGAACGACUGCAGCGUGGCCCGCCUCAGCAAGAACAGUUUCUUUAUUGUCUCUCCGACAGACCAGCAGGUCCACUGUUGGUCCUGGAUUAAGAAACACAUGCCCAAUGACCCAGACCUGCACCUAGAGGAUGUCAGCUGGAAGUACACUGCUUUAAAUCUCAUUGGACCUCGUGCAAUGGAUGUUCUGGCUGAGCUGUCAUAUGUUUCCAUGACACCUGACCAUUUCCCCUCCAUGUUCUGUAAGGAGAUGAGUGUUGGCUACGCCAAUGGGAUCAGAGUGAUGAGUAUGACUCACACCGGAGAACCAGGUUUCAUGCUCUACAUGCCUAUAGAGUAUGCACUGCAUGUGUACAACGAGGUGAUGUCAGUGGGUCAGAAGUAUGGGAUUCGUAAUUCUGGGUACUACGCGCUGCGCAGCCUACGCAUCGAGAAAUUCUUUGCCUUCUGGGGUCAGGACCUCGACGCUUUCACCACCCCGCUGGAGUGUGGACGGGAGUUCAGGGUUAAGUUUGACAAGGACACAGACUUCCUUGGUCGUGAGGCCUUGCUGCAGCAGCGUCAGGACGGUCCGUCUCGGCGAUUUGUCAUGCUGGUUCUAGAGGACCACGACACUGAGCUGGACCUGUGGCCAUGGUGGGGCGAGCCCAUCUACCGUAACGGUCAGCUAGCUGGGACAACCACCAGCAGCGCCUACAGCUACACUCUGGAGCGCCACAUCUGCCUUGGCUUUGUAUCUCCGCCGCCAGGCCCAGAGGGGCUCCCCACACCCAUCACCCCAGACUUCAUCAACCGUGGGGACUAUGAAGUGGACAUUGCUGGCCAGCGCUACCCAGCCAAAGCCAAACUCUACCCCUUCAGCUCCCUCUUCGUCCAGCAAAAACGUCGCAAGGAAGACAUGGAGUUAAGCAACCUCCAGGCAAAGUAAUGAAGGCUAAUAGAUGAUUGAAGGCCUCCCUUCUGCCACAGAAGGGGCUUCUGUGACACUCCUUCAGCUUUUCAAUCCAGUCAUGCUCACACCUGGCAGUGCCAAUCUAUCGUCCCCUUUCUAGUUCCUAAUCCAAGGGCUGUGUGCACAAUCACUAUUUGUCGAUCUAGGAUUUA